AGCAUGCGCCGAGGGUUAGGGGGGCGUCACCAAAGUUCAGACUGCCAGGAAAAGCGCAGAGAAAGAGGGAGAGAGGCGGCGAUUUGUUUGCGAUUGUCAGUGAGGGGAAAGUGCCGCCUGAAGGAUGAAUAAGCGACUCCCGGCGGCCUGUGCGAAGAUAUGAGUGCGGUGUUUGGGGUGGACGUAGUAGAAGAACCGCACAGCAAAAGAGUCCGAAUCCAGGGGCCAGAGACAGUUGCCGAGAGCUCCGAGGAAGAAAGGGGUUCCCCGGGAAGCCGGGGCCCCAGCAGCACCAACGUGGGGAAUAGAGUUCUCAAACAGAGAACCCUUCAUUCCUGGAUUGGACAUAAAGGAAGAAGAGCAGAAGAGCAUAAAAGGUGUCUUAAUAAAAGUGACCACAUAUCCGUGAAGAUGAGUUCAGACAACAAGACCAUCGUCUGCCAGCAAAGCGGUAACAAAGAAAAGCAUGUUAUGCAGAGCAUUACAGGAAAUCAAUCAGAAGAUCAUAACUUAAACAGUUCAGAAAAUGACAAUGGGCUUGAAUCUUUAUCAGGCAAUGAAAUGCUGUAUUUAGACAAUGCAAGCAACUUGGCAACACAGUCCUCUUCUAGCUGCCCCCUGACCAGCAACCCUACAUCUCCAAAUUCGGGAGAAUCAGAAAAUAUCCUAGUAGACUGUGUACCUGAAAGUCCACUCUCAGAGCAAGGUUGUGGAGACUCAGGAGCAAGUCCGCAAGACACGGAGUCUUAUGUGUAUGAAGAUAUCCCAUCUUCAGAAGGCAUGGAAAGUGAACCAGAGAUGUCUGAAGGGAAUAAAAAGAGUGAUCCUGGUUCGAAGGCUGACCACGAUGCUAUACCUCAACCAGAGCAUGACCAGGAAAAGAACAAGUCCGAAUCCAAGCAUUCUUGUAGUGUGAAUAAACACAGUAGUGGAGAGCCCAUGACUUGUAAGGAAGAAGUUGCUGAUAUGUCUGAAGGUGGAGCAACAGGCGGUGUAGGCUUUAAUGAAUGUAAAGCAAAAAAUAGUGCAAACCAGAGAUUUUCCAAAGUGUCUGGUCAUCUUUUUCCUGAGAGCAAGAAAGAAGAAGCAAGAAACGAUAAUCAAGGCUCAUCCUCUGACAUAACAUGGCUGGGGGCGCCAAUGGAAGAGAUGAACAGAAUGCCAGUGUGUCACAAUUAUCAACCACCAUUGAUGCCUUCUUUUAACCACACCAUCACCGUAAGGGUUGACAAGUUGCAUGACAAUGUGGUGCCUGUGCCCUAUCCAUCUUACAUUGUGGACACAUGGGACAGCAUACAUGUGAAGAUGCCCUGCUCAAAAAACAAUGAGUAUCCAGUAGAAGACCAUAAUGGUGGGAAGACGGUAGGAAGCCGAUGGAAAAUCAUUGAGUCAUCUUUGAGGGGCAACAUAAAAAACCCACAUGACCUGAAGGCAGCAAUUUUGGCAUAUAAUUUGACCUAUUCCAAAAAAUGGGACUUCACCGCUUUGGUCGAUUUUUGUGUGAAGGUAAUGGAAAAGGCUGAGAGCACACAUCUGUUCGGUUCCAUUCUUCCUGACAUGGUUUCUUUGGCCCUCAAACUCCAAAAGCUUUGCACAAAGCCUAUCCCAUUGCUGAAGAAAAGAAUGAAUCAUUCUAUCACCAUGUCACAAGAGCAAAUCUCGUGUCUCCUGGCCAAUGCAUUCUUCUGUACCUUCCCUCGCAGAAAUGCUAAGAUGGGGAAGUCUGAGUAUAAUACCUACCCAGACAUAAACUUUAACAGGUUGUUUGAUGGUAAAAAUCCAAGAAAAUCUGAGAAGUUAAAAACGCUCUUCUGUUACUUUCGAAGAGUCACCGAAAGACGACCUACAGGAUUGGUAACCUUUACAAGGCAAUACUUAGAGCGGUUUCCUGAAUGGGAAAAAUCAACAAAGCAGCUGAGGCGACUGCACAUUACAUGCGAAGGUACAAUUGAAGGCAAUGGACAUGGGAUGCUGCAGGUGGAUUUUGCUAACCGCUAUGUUGGUGGUGGUGUGACAAGCUCUGGUCUUGUCCAAGAAGAGAUCCGCUUCCUUAUCAAUGCUGAGCUGAUAGCGUCACGACUCUUUACAGAGGAAUUGGAUCCCAACGAGUGCCUUAUUAUCAUAGGUGCAGAGCAGUACAGUGAAUAUAAAGGAUAUGCUGAAAGCUACAAAUGGGACCGUGCUCAUGAAGAUCAAGCUCCGAGGGACAGUUGGCAGAGACGUACUACGGAAAUUGUUGCCAUCGAUGCUUUUCACUUCCGACAUUAUCUUGAUCAAUUUACCCCGGACAAGAUAAAACGAGAACUAAACAAGGCUUAUUGCGGGUUUUACAGAGAAGGAAUUGAACCUAAAAACCUAUCGGCAGUAGCAACUGGCAACUGGGGAUGUGGAGCUUUCGGUGGGGAUCCGAGAUUAAAAGCUUUAAUACAGCUUCUAGCAGCUUCAGAGACUGGACGAGAUGUUGUGUAUUUCACCUUUGGAGACAAGGAGUUAAUGAAUGAUGUUUACAGGAUGUACUCCUUCCUUUCUAAGCAGAACAAAACAGUUGGUGAAGUUUACAAAUUACUGUUGAAUUAUUACAAUGAGGUGUGCAUGAACACAACUGGAGCAAAGCCGGAGACAAAACUGUAUUCCUUUAUAUACAACCAUUUGUAGGGCUAUCAAAGUUAAAAACACUUGUGUAAAAAAAAAAGGGAAAUAAUGCUUUGUACCUUUCCACAAUGACCUGUUUUUUCUGCUGGUUGUAACAUAUGGACUAGCAUAUACAGUGUAUAUAACCAUACCUUUUAAUCGUAUGUGCUUUAUAAACAACAAUCCUUUUAGGACUUUUUUUCUUUGAUUUUGAUUUUUAAGAUGUAUUAUGCUUGACUGGAAUAUAUUUUCCAUUGAGUUUUCUUAUAUUUCAGAGUUCAUAAUUAUUUUAUUAGACCUUAAACUACAAAUGCAUUGCUGUGCCAUGCCAGCCUCUGAAUGUUUAUAAUACUCAUAUGAUUGUAGCUUUGUCACUGCUUCAUCUGUUUUACAAUCCAAAAGGGGAUCAACAUCUUUUUCAGAGCCAUAUAAGUUUAUCCGUGUCUCCCAUCAUGCAUAGCCGGUGAUCUAAGUGCUAUGGGAAGUGAAGAUACACAAAAGCAGUUGCUUCUGACUUUUCCCUAGUACCAUCUCUUUUAUAGUGGAUAUAGCAGUGCUCUUCUACAAUAUACUUGGCUUACCUCUGUAAUGCAAGCCCAGCAAGGCAAACUUUUGUUGAUUUUGCACGUUGCAGAGUUUUAUAAAAAAAAAAA